UCUCUCCUUCAUCCCUCUCUCUCUCUCUCUCUCUCUCUCUCAAAAUCAACUACAGAGCCCCGAAUACAAAACCACCGAGCUCCCUCCACCAUAUCUAAUAAAAUUCCUCUCCUCGUACAUCCACUACUCUCUCUUUCUCUCUCUACACAUACACCCUCACUCAUAUAUAUUCUCUCUCACUCUCUUUCUCUCUCUCUCUAUAUAUAUUCCCUGACUGAAAUUCUUCAAUCUCUUACGCCUCUUCAUCCUCUCCGGUCUUCCUUUGCUUCACUCAACGGUAAAACAUCGACAUUAGCGCAGUGAAUGCUUAUGGGUUGUGGUGGGCCAGGGUUUUGGAUCUGUGGAGACCAAUUUCGUGUUUCUGGUGAUUGUCCAUCCGGCUGAACUUCUUCAUAUGAUUUGAAAGGUUCCUCCCUUGAUUGCUACUGCUUUCUCGGUUGCUGAAAGCAUCCAAAGUUGUGUCAUGCUCCACUUUGGCAUCGAGAUCUACUUACAAUUUUUCUAAGUAUCGACCACUGCAUUUCAUUAAAAGCAUGUGUCAGUUACAAAGUAACAUGUCAUUGACUCAUUCUACACUCCAGGAUUGAACUGCCAUCAUCAUUCCUCUCUCUCAAUCCAAUUACCACAGGGAAUAUGGCACUCCAAAAAUAUGUUCCCUCUUCUGAAGUGCCUUCAAUGAAUAUGAAACCGCUGCGUUUUUCUUUUAAAUCAAAUGAGAAACCGCGUGCCAUGGAGCCAGAGAAAAGUCCUGUGGAGAAUGGUGUAGAUAUCGACCUGAGAGAGGUUUAUUUUCUGAUUAUGCAUUUCCUAUCAGCUGGACCUUGUCACAGGACUUAUGGACAAUUUUGGAAUGAGCUUCUUGAACAUCAACUUCUGCCUAGAAGGUAUCAUGCUUGGUAUUCCAGAACAGGGGUGCAUAGCAGGGAUGAAAAUGACGAUGGCCUCUCUUUCCCGUUGAGUUACAAUAAGUUGGCCGAGAGGUAUCCUCAUGUUGAAAAGGAUCAUUUGGUAAAGCUUUUGAAGCAACUGAUACUGCACACUGCUACUCCAUCAGGAGGCAUUAGUGGGGGUACUUUUAGUGCAGCUGCUGUUCCUACUCUUUUGGGAACUGGUUCAUUUUCACUUAUAGGCGAUCUAAAUAAGGUCAACAGUGGUACAAAACCGCCCCCAGCAUUCCAGCGUUGGCCUCAUAUGCAAGCUGAUCAGGUGCGUGGGCUAUUUUUGAGGGAAAUUGGUGGUGGUUUCUCAAGACACCAUCGUGCACCAUCGAUUCGUGCAGCAUGUUACGCCAUUGCAAAACCAUCUACUAUGGUGCAGAAGAUGCAACAUAUUAAAAAGCUUAGAGGACACCUAAGUGCUGUCUAUUGUGCCAUAUUUGAUCGAUCCGGGCGAUAUGUUAUUACUGGUUCAGAUGAUCGCCUUGUAAAAAUCUGGUCAAUGGAAACAGCAUAUUGUUUAGCCAGCUGCCGUGGGCAUGAAGGUGACAUUACUGACCUGGCUGUGAGCUCCAAUGACACUUUGGUGGCUUCUGCAUCAAAUGACUUCAUCAUCCGUGUUUGGCGUUUACCUGAUGGGGUGCCAAUUUCAGUUUUGCGUGGCCAUACUGGAGCUGUUACUGCCAUUGCAUUUAGUCCUAGACCAAGCUCUGUGUACCAGCUUCUAUCGUCAUCGGAUGAUGGAACAUGUAGGAUAUGGGAUGCCAGAUACUCUCAGUUCCCUCCACGUAUAUAUGUUCCUAGGCCUCCUGAUUCUUCAGCUGGUACAGUAAAGAACAAUGUUCCAUCUUCAAGUGCUACUCAACUCAGGCCUCAGAUUUUUUGUUGUGCAUUCAAUGCUAAUGGAACUGUCUUUGUUACUGGUAGCUCAGAUACUCUUGCAAGGGUCUGGAGUACAAAUAAACUAAACACGGCUGAAUCAGAGCCCAAUCAUGAGAUUGAUAUUUUAGCUGGGCAUGAGAAUGAUGUCAAUUACGUGCAAUUCAGUGGCUGCAAUGUGGCAUCUAGAUUUUCUGCAGCUGACCCACUGAAGGAAGAGAAAAUUCCAAAAUUUAAAAAUACUGGGUUUAACCAUGAUAAUAUAGUUACUUGCUCUCGGGAUGGAAGCGCAAUCAUUUGGAUCCCAAGGUCACGGAGGUCACAUGGAAAGGCUGGACGGUGGACUCGUGCAUAUCACUUGAAAGUUCCACCACCACCAAUGCCACCUCAACCUCCACGAGGAGGUCCGCGCCAGAGGAUUCUUCCAACUCCUCGCGGUGUUAAUAUGAUCGUGUGGAGCCUAGACAAUCGCUUUGUACUUGCCGCUAUUAUGGAUUGCAGAAUCUGUGUUUGGAAUGCUGUUGAUGGUAGUUUGGUUCAUUCUUUGAAGGGUCAUAGUGAAUCUACCUUUGUUCUGGAUGUUCAUCCUUUCAACCCGCGAAUAGCUAUGAGUGCUGGUUAUGAUGGAAAAACAAUUGUGUGGGAUAUAUGGGAAGGAACACCUAUCCGGGAGUAUGAAAUUGGAAGAUUCAAGUUGGUUGAUGGGAAGUUUUCUCCGGAUGGGACAUCGAUAAUACUCUCAGAUGAUGUCGGCCAAUUAUAUAUAUUAAGCACAGGACAAGGCGAGUAUCAACAGGAUGCCAAAUAUGAGCAGUUCUUCCUUGGAGACUAUCGCCCCCUUAUUCAAGACAUUCAUGGGACUGUUGUUGACCAGGAAACUCAACUUACGCCGUAUAGGAGGAAUAUGCAAGAUCUCCUCUGUGAUGCAACGAUGAUUCCAUACCCAGAUCCUUAUCAGAGCAUGUACCAGAAACGGCGGUUAGGAGCCCUGGGUAUUGAGUGGCGCCCAUCUUCUGUGAGAUUCGCUGUUGGGCCAGACUUUAAUCUCGACCAAGGUUUCCAAAUACUUCCCAUAGCAGACUUGGAUUUAUUAAUUGCUCCUCUACCAGAGUUUGUUGAUGCCAUGGAUUGGGAACCUGAGAUUGAAGUGCUAAGUGAUGAUACCGAUUCCGAAUAUAAUGUAACCGAAGAGUGUUCUUCAGGGCGGGAGAAAGGAAGCUUAAGUUUUAAUUCAUCGGGUGAUCCAGAGUGCAGUUCAGAAGACAGUGAGGUUGAGGGCACUCAUAUAGAUGUCCUCCGACGAUCAAAAAGGAAAAAACAGAAGGUUGAAAUCAUGACUUCUUCCGGCAGGCGUGUGAAGAGGAAAAAUCUGGAUGAGUGCGGUGGUGAAGUAAACGGAAAUAACAGGAGGAAGUCAAGACAUGGGCAAAAAGCUUCAAGGAGGAAAUCCUCUUCCUCAAAGUCGUUCAGACCUCAGAGAGCUGCUGCACGAAAUGCUCUGAAUUUGUUUUCCCGACUCACAGGAGUUUCGGCAGAUGGAGAAGAAGAAGAUAGAUCAGAAAGUUCAUUGGAAAGUGAAUCCAUGCUGCAGGAUUCCAGCAUGGGCGGUGAAGAAUCUGAUAACUCUUCACAAAACAAACAACCUAACCAUUCAAAAGGGAAAGAAGUUCUAGUGGAUGAGUCUGACAGUGUGGUUAAACCUCAUGAAUGCUCUGAAUCUCGUUUGAUUUCUGGAAAUAGGAGAUUGGUUGUGAAAUUUCCAACUCGUGCUUUAAAUAAGUCUGUACCGGCAGAAAGCACAACAAUUGAAUCUGAGGGGAAGCCAGAUCUUGUUGGCUCAUCAUUUAAAUCUCCACAGAAAGCCAAUGAAGAAAAUCAGAAUUGCUCUCAGGAUCCAGAGUGCAGUAGAGUUGAAAGAAAUGGGACGGUGGGUAAUGCAAAGGUUGAAAAUGAUCUAGAGCUGUUUGAUGCAUAUAAGCGCAAUAUUAAAUGGGGAGGGUUCAAGGCUCGCACGUCCAAACUACGUUUGAAGAUGGGUGAACACAUGCCAUUGACUACAAUCAAGGAUGUUGUCAGUGGGCAGACAUUGGAAAAUCGGUUUGAAAAAUUUCAUUCUAGUUCAGAAACUGAAUAUAAUGGUGUUCAGACGAACGAAAUGGUUCAUAUGAACCAGCAACAGGUUGAGGAUGGUACUCCUGAAGAUAUCGUUGAACACCAGGCUCACAAUAAAUUACCAAAACAGGAUCCAAGGUCUUUUGAUGAUGCAACAACUUCUUCUCUCCCUUAUACAAAUGGGUUUGAAAACCAUGCUGAAUUGAAAGAGUCAAAAAUGAUUUCCAAAGAUGAUGAAAGUCCUGAGUUGGAAGUUGGAUCUUCCAUGGAGGAUGAGAGUAAUGUUGGAAGUCAUGGUCCUCUAUCUGAAAGCCCAUACACAGAGCAGAAAUUGACUUCAGAAGGGCCUUACAAUGAUGGCGCUGCGGGGCCCAGUUCACACCAUGUAGACCUCAAAGGCGAAGCAAAUUCAGUUUCACAGAAGUCGAACUCAAACGAUAGGAUGUAUAGUGCUGUUUAUAGAAGGUUGAGGUCAUCUAGGGCUAGAAGCAAUCCAGAAGGUGACAGCGGAGGUGUCAUCGCAAACACUUCAAAUGUGAGCAGUCCUAAUCUUGAUUUACCUCAAGCCACAACUAAUGGGGUCCGCCGGACACGGUCCAUGGGAUUGGGGGAAACCAUUCAUGAAGCAAAUGGUUUGGGCUGUGAUAUCAAAUUGAGGGAGGAAAAUGAUGGUUCAAAAGAUUCUAAUGAUCAGAAAACUUCCAUCAAUGCAUGCGAUGAACAUCCUAGCGAAGAAUGGGGAUCAGGCUCAAGGGUAACUGUUGGAUUAAGGUCUGCAAGAAACAGGAGAAGCAGUUAUCACAUUCAGGACUCCACUCCGACCAACCGAAAGAAGUCACAUCAACCAGUGAGAAACUCAUGGUUGAUGUUGUCAACACAUGGGGAAGGCUCGCGAUACAUUCCCCAGCUAGGGGAUGGAGUUGUAUAUUUGAGACAGGGCCAUCAGGAAUAUAUUAGCCAUAGUGGUACAAAAGAAGUAGGCCCUUGGAUAAUGAUAAAGGGAAACAUCAGAGCGGUGGAAUUUUGUAGAGUUAAGGCCCUUCAGUAUGCUCCAUAUCGAGGUUCUGGGGAUGGAUGCUGUAAAAUGACACUUCAGUUUGUAGAUUCUUCUUCCAGUGUCGCUGGAAAAUCAUUUAAUUUGACUCUGCCUGAAUUGAACGAUUUGCCAGACUUCCUUGUCGAAAGAAGUCAGUAUGAUGCUGCAAUCCAGAGAAAUUGGGUUUUGAGGGAUAAAUGCCAAGUCUGGUGGGAAAACCCUGGCGAGAAAAAUGGGAGUUGGUGGGAAGGUCGGAUUGUUGGUGUGAAACCUAAAUCGCAGGAUUUUCCAGACAGUCCAUGGGACAAGUAUGCAGUUCGAUAUAAGGGUGAUCCCUCAGACCCACUUCAACAUAGUCCUUGGGAACUUCGCGACGCUGAAACUCAGUGGGAUCCGCCUGGCAUCGACAAUGAGAUCAGAGAAAAUAUGCUCUGCUCUUUAGACGAAUUGGAGGCAUCAGCAAGUGAAGACAAGGAUCGUUAUGGGAUUCGGAAACUGAAACAAGUUUCACAAAAGGACAAAUUUUUAAACAGGUUUCCUGUUCCCUUAUCACUUGAUGUGAUCCAGUCUAGACUGGAGAAUAACUACUAUCGAAGUUUGGAGGCAAUGAAGCAUGACAUUUCGGUGAUGCUAUCAAAUGCUGAGGCUUAUUUCGAAAGAAAGGCAGAGCUUUUAUCAAAAAUCAGACGCUUAUCGGAAUGGUUCAAUCGGACCUUAUUGUCCUUGUAGAUUCCUCGGAUACAAUUUUGUAGAAAAUCAGCCGCCUUGUGGUUGAAUCUACCCCUUCUAUUUUCUUGUAGCUUUUUUCCCUCUUCUAUUUGUUGAUUCUUUUCUCUUUUUUUUCGCAACCCUUUUUCGUAUAGGUCCCAAUUCAUCCAGUUUAGGAAAUUGGUUGAUCUCUUGGGGAUUCCUUAGUAGAGGGAGGAAGAUAUCUCAAGGAGAAAUUAGCUUGUUACAGGGGCAAAGCAUCCACACCAGGAAUUCAUUUGUGUAUAGACAAGCGCAGAGAUAUGAGCAUGCUUCAUAAUUGUUAAUGAGAAAUGAUAGUCAAUUUUAGGCAUCUCC